AGAUAAAUAGUUCCAUGACAUUUCGGGACCCGAUCAAACAUGAUUUUGUAGUUUUUGUACAUAAAAUGAUGAAUGAUUCUGCUGUUUUGUGAUUUUGUACCUUUUCUACAGUAAAGACCACAACAAAGUGUUUGAUUUCUAAGGCUCUCGUUAAUAUGAAGAUAUCUGAGAUAAACCUAUAACAUAUAACUUAACGCCUUUAAAUUGACACGAUUGAAAAAGGCCAUGGCUUCAUAUUUUGAUGAACACGAUUGUGAAGAGACAGAUGGAUCAGGCCCAGAUGCAAAUACUCUCUUACGAUGGGCAAGAUUGUUGAGGAACGAUGUCAGAUCUUUCUUGGCAAGUUUUGAUGGACUCGACUAUUUUGGUGGGGAGAGGAAAGGUCCUCCUGCCUCCAAGGAAGUGGUUGCUAAGUUACCAGAUAAGAUGAUCAGUGAAGAUGAAGAUUCAAGAUGUCCCAUUUGUCUAGUGGACUACAAUGCAGGAGAACAGUGCAAAGUGCUUCCCUGUAAACAUGACUUUCAUCCCCGGUGUAUCUUGCCUUGGCUGGCUCAGACAAACACUUGCCCUGUCUGUCGUCAUGAGUUGCCAACGGACGAUGAGGAUUAUGAGGAGUUCCAAAGAGAAAAGGCGAGAACCAAACAGCGAGAUUUUGAGAGAGAAUCCCUUCACAGCUCCAUGUACACAUGAUGACAGCCCCACUAGUUCAUUAAUAUUCAACAAAGUAAAACUAGAAUUGAACAUUCAUGACAACAUGCAUCUUGACACACCAUCCCAGACCUAAACUGGAGUAUUUGGGAUCUUUGUAUUGUUACUACAGGCUUUGUUGACUUUUUACCCGAUUUUACUUGGCAAUUUGGCCAUGUUUUCUUUAACAAAUGAGGAAUUGUGUAUCAAUGCCAUUCUCGGGGUACAACUGCUCGUGAAAUCUUGUUCAUUACAGCAGUUUAGUACCUUCACUUAAAUCUGAAAAUGAAAUUUGUAAAAGUGUAAUUUUUGAUUUGUAACAACAUGUAAAUGCCAGUUACAGUGGAUAAACGUCUGUUUAUACCCCCAAAAUGGCAUUGUAACAGCGCCCUCGUUUGUUGAAGAAUAAGGCAUAAAAUAUAUUAUUAAAAGGGUAUGGCAUGGGUUCUGCUUUAGGUUAUACUGUAGUUCACUCAUCUCACUGAUUUAUAAGUGUUUUUCUGACAGUUGGUCAUUGAUAACACAGAAGCAAAUAGUGUACUUUUGAAUCUCAUUACGGGUAAUAGAUCCUGAAAAUGCGCCAUUUUGUCUUUGAGCUUCCGGACCCCUUGGCGACCCUUCUUUGGGCAUUUUAAACAGGGUCAUUUUUUCUCUUGCUAUAAUAUUUGACAAUGUUUUCUAACCGUAAUCGCCCCAACUCCCCACGAAACAUUCAUGUGGAAUUUUAUUUUGGUAUUCCACAAUGGGUGAUAAGAAAUCAGUUGAAAAUGGGUAAAAGUCAUUUUACUUUCACAUCCGGAUUUUCGUACCUAGGUCUCCUUGUUCGAUCACGCUUGUUUUCACAUAGUUGUACUUGCUUGAGAACGAAAAUGAUAACAACGCGAAGUUUAACCUACCUACAUGGUACAUCCGAUGAAUUGUUUAGUCGGGCUUGCUUGAAUACAGUUCUAAUCAACAGUUUUUUAGAUGAAUGAUAAUGUGUCCUUUCAACAAAAUGGUGUGUCCCAAAAGACAUUUUAGUCUCCUAUUUAAGUUUCAGUUUUUACCCAAUGACCGCCACAAAAAUAUUUCUUCAAUUUUCAUCUUUGUACAAGUGCGCCGAGUUCCACGAGUCCACAUGUAUUUUACAUUUUUGGAGGCAAGAGGUCAAUUUUCGGCACGAUAUUUCUCUCUCACGUCAUGCCAGUUUUCAGUUUCCAUAAUUUGAGAUGCUUGUAACAAUUUCACAAAGGCCUUUUCCAAGGGUGAUUUUCUUGAGAAAUCAAUGUACCAAAACUGAUUUUUAAAAAGUCUGACUUUUACAUGCUAAUUUUCCUAUUCGAGGGAUCCAGAAGCGCGCCACUAGGGUCAACUUUCAGGCUCUAUGUAGCGCACCACAACCCCCCCCCCCGCCCCCGCCCCCUUACUCUCCCCAACCCCAGUCAUAUCCGUAAUGUGUCACCAUCAAAAAGCAAGAAAAGCAUACAUAUGCAUGAAAAAGUAGAAGAAGUGCCAAGCUCUGACCCUGCUUAUCCGGUGUAUAUCCUGAGGGCAUCGAGGGGGUCGCAUUAAUACAUCUUUCCUCUGCCAGGAUGCUGGCAUUACAACAUCCUGGAUACUCUGUGAUGACUGCACGUCUCUAAGAUGCACAGGGCCCCAAUAGGCCCCCUUGCCCUGCUUCAAUAAGGAAGAGCCUUUGAUGGGUGUGUCUUUUCUGGGCUUUAGGGUCAAUACAUUCCUAGAAAGUCACGAAAAGCAAAGUCUGGGUUUUCGUGUUCGGAAUUAUUUCUAGGCAAUUUAAAUUUUGACUGUUGGUAGAAUUUUUUGCUGCUCCACAUUAUGGUGGGUCAUAAAAAA